CGGUUACCAUACUGAAAAUCCCGUUGCUUUUGUAAUAAGCGUCAUCCUUUCAAAUUAGACAAACGUAAUGCUUAUAUAUUUAAGCUGCCUCGUUAAGUAUAACUAUUGUGUUUGCUGCUUUCAAUGUCCUGAAAAAUAGCAUACAGUAAUGUAUUACGCAAUAUAAAACGAUGAACAUCGGUGGAUGGUUUUUAGAACUGUUUAGGCCACCGUAGGAAUGUCUGUAAAACUUUGCCUGUGGAAGGUCUUGAAAUGAAGAACGACUCAAGGUCUUGAAAUGAGGAACUGUUUGUAUACUUGUCCUUUGGCCCCCCGUCUGUGGUGGUGUCUGCGUUACCGUCCGAUACCAGGCAAAUGGUGUGUACAGGAAGGCGUGCAGACUGUAGUGCGUUCUCACCUUGGAAAGUCCACUAGUGGGAGGUUGAACGUUGAUCAGCUUUUAACCCGUACAUCUGCCCGCGUGCGUGGGCUUUUCAGUGUAUACACAAUCGGGAACUGGGUUAAAGAACUCCAAACAGGUUUCUCUCCCCACUACAUUGUUACAAGGUUUAUAGUCUCUUCGGCGGUGCCACAUGAUGUUCUACUUUUUAAGCACCAGAGGGGCACCUUUUUUAGGGUUUUGGGGUUUUUCAUCGUUGGUCAGUUCGUAUUUUGGACCUACCUAGCUCACUUCGCUUUUACAUCCUUGAGAAAAACUGGCAUUAAAGAUACUGUCAUUGUGGAUAAUCAGGGGAAGAAACUGCCCAAACUAUGGGGAGUUUCACUGAACUUAGGAUCCGAUAAAUGGAGAUACGGGUUUACGCUUGGCUGUUUGACAGUUGGUUCUGUGAUUUUGGCUGCAGGUUUCGUAUUCGCUAGACGUUCUGUUCACAAAGUUCUAUUACAUCGAGGAGGACAGCAAGUAACCUUCACAACUUACUAUCCAUUUGGCAUGACUUCCUCCUUCACGACACCACUGCGGGAUGUGUCUUGUGUAUCACAUCGUUCAGAAGUGCCCUCUGUGAUUCCUGUGAAGGUCAAAGGGCAUCCAUUCUACUUUCUCUUUGAUAAGGAAGGACAAUUUUUUAAUGCAAAACUCUUUGAUAUCACAGUUGGGGCAUAUAGAAAACUCUGAUAUUAGAGAUAAACAUUGUACAUCUUUCUAAUUUUUGUUCAAAAUAUCUAGGUUAUCACUGGGGCUGCAUAAAUGGUGCAUUUGUGUACUCGUGUGUGCUUGUUUUAUUUACAGGUGUAUGUAUACAUGUAUAUUAUGUGUAUUUGUAUAUAUUAGUGCACAUAUGCUUGUGUAUACUCAUAUGUAUACAGAUGUGUGUGUGUGUGUUUAUAAUGCAGGAAUUUAAUACUUUUUAUGACCGAACAAAUUCCCCAAAGUCUCUCUUUUUUUCAAGCAGUAUAAAGCAUUCUAGAUGUUUGUUGAUUUUUCAUUAUCUUUGUAAAGGUUUACUUAUGGUGUGGAGUUUUUGUAGGUGAGCUUUUUUUCCUUUUUCAUCCAGCCACACUGUGAAUACAGAUGAAGAUGACAUUGUGUUUCCUAACUAAACUGCAUUAUUGAUGCAUAGUAGUUAUCACAGGCUGUAUUGGUUGAGGCCACUGUGGCAACUGACUAAUCUUGCCAGUGUAAUUUAUGACAUACUUUCUAGAGAUGGGAAUUGAUCAGCUGAUUUUGAAAGUGAGAGGUCAAUAUGUAGUAAGCUUACACUGUGGCAAUGUUUGUGACACUGUCCCGUUGUAUAGAAACUUGAUUCUUCUGAUGCAGAAUAGCUUUUUGAAGAAUCUGCCACUGUAGUUAGUUCUGGCAGAAAACUGUUGGAAUCUGCACAGCACAUUAAACGCAAGUAUAGUCAAGUUUGUUUGAUUUUUUUCCCUGUGGCAAUCCAUUUUAAACUAAAUUAAAUACAUCUGCUAAGGGUAGUUCUGGUAAAUGACUCUUGCUAAUGGUAACAAAGCAAUUAUUCCUUUUGGAAAGUGCCAUGGAGGUUGGUGGUUUGACGAGCAUUCUUACACAAGUUUUUAGUUUCUAUCUUUUUGAAGCCCUAUACUGGGAAUAAUUCUCUCCUUGACUUUUGAUUGUUUUGUGGCUGUGAACAUGAGAAAUUAUAGGAACUUGUGCAAAUUUCAGAUUUGGGGACAUUGCUGGUUAUUUUAUUUAAAGAAAGGGAAAUGUGUAUACUGUAAGCAGAAUGUUUCCUAAAGAUAUAACAUUAAAGGCUUACUAGUUGGC